AUUUUGCCAACAAUCAACAAAAUCACCAACGCAUUUUCAAUUUUUGUGCUAACACUAACACUAUUCCUCACAUUAUUAUAGAAGAAAAUAGAGUUAUUUUAAGAAAACUAACAAGAAUUGUGCUAUAUUUUUAUCAGCGUUAUGUCUCCAGAGGACAAUUACAAACGAAGAUUUUAGAGAAUAAACUUAAUAUUCCUGGUAAGAAAAUGUAUUUGCGAUAAAAUACCAGCAACGAUGGAUAUUUUAAAGGCCGAAAUAGCCAAAAAACGCAAAUUAUUGGAAGAGAAAAACCUACUUGCACCUGAUAAGAAAUAUUUUAAAAGAGGGGACCUAUUAGCAAAAGAGGAGGAGGAAUACCGUCAAAAAUACGGAACAUAUAAGAAUGAGGAUUCAGCCAAUACAACAGAAGUUUCAGAAGGCAAAAAAUCUGAAUCUGACGUAGAGGGGCACAGCAUUUUACCGCGAAGUGAAGUAAUCUCACGUUUACGCGACCGCUCUGAACCCAUCCUCCUCUUUGGAGAAACAGAAGUUGACGCUUUUAAACGUUUACGAAAAUGCGAGCUUUUGGAACCUGAGGUUAACAAAGGUUUUCGUAAUGAUUUCCAAGAAGCCAUGGAGCAAGUAGAUCAAGCAUACUUGGAUGAGCUACUUGCAGCAUCAGAGGCUGCUAAAACUACACCAAAAACAGCAGAUAAAGAGAAGACAGUGACUGUGACAUAUGAGGAACUUCAAGACAUGGCUAAGGAUAUGGGGCACGGUGAAAGGGAGCGAGACAUGACUGUUAUAGUUCACUUUAUUGAGUUUAUUCUAAAAUUAUGGAAUGAACAAUUGCAAAACCGUCCAGCUGAAGAAAAACGAGGAACUAAAGGGAAAUUAGCCCUCGCCACGUACACACAAACACAGCAGUAUCUCAAACCCCUUCUCAGAAAAUUAAAAUCUUUCACAUUGCCUGAAGAUAUUUCGGACAGUUUAACGGAAAUCGUCGUCCAUCUUAUGAAUAGAAACUAUCUUAAAGCGAGUGAUGCAUAUUUGCAAAUGGCCAUCGGAAAUGCCCCAUGGCCCAUUGGUGUGACCAUGGUGGGCAUCCACGCUCGUACAGGGCGAGAAAAAAUCUUCUCGAAAAAUGUCGCGCAUGUGAUGAAUGAUGAGACUCAAAGAAAGUACAUUCAAGGGCUGAAAAGAUUGAUGACUAAAUGUCAGGAGUAUUACCCAACUGACCCCUCCAGGUGUGUCGAAUAUGCCGCUUUUGGACCCCCUAAAAGUGAGUCAACUCCUUCAAAUUGAAUAUUUUAUGCGAUUUAUUGUGUAUAUGUAACAUUGCAAAUAAAUUUUAUUUAGUAAGUAUUAA